CUCGAAAUAUCGCGCGGGGCGGAAUCUUCUGGAAACUCAGCCCCUAAUACAAACUCACAUUACAAAAGCCCUUGCGGCUUAUCCGCCCGUGCGCACCGUAACAUUUCUGGGACUGCAGCUGAGCUGAGAACCUCUGAGAGUCUGCGACGACGUCCAAACCCUAAUCUCGUCCAAUUCUCUUCAUUUCGUGGUGAAAAAUGGCGUCAACCAUUGCCAUCCCCACUGCAUCUAUUUUUCGUUCUCCCAAACAGGAGAGCUUGAGGCGGAGGGUGAAUCAGGGGCAAAAGCUGAGUUACAGGCCCUCAAGCAGGAGGUUUGUUGUGCAGGCAAGGGCAAAAGAAAUUGCCUUUGAUCAAGGUUCAAGGACGGCUCUACAGGCUGGCAUUGAUAAGCUGGCUGAUGCUGUAGGAGUUACUCUGGGCCCUAGAGGGAGGAAUGUAGUCUUGGAUGAAUUUGGGAACCCCAAAGUGGUUAAUGAUGGGGUAACAAUUGCUCGAGCUAUUGAACUUGCAGAUGCUAUGGAGAAUGCUGGCGCAGCCCUUAUAAGAGAGGUUGCGAGUAAAACCAAUGAUUCUGCUGGUGAUGGGACAACAACGGCAUCAGUUCUAGCACGUGAAAUCAUUAAAUUAGGGUUAUUGAAUGUUACUUCUGGUGCAAAUCCAGUCUCAAUCAAGAAAGGGAUUGAUAAAACUGUACAGGGGCUAGUGGAAGAGUUGGAGAAAAAAGCUAGGGCUGUCAAAGGCUCUGAUGAUAUUAAAGCUGUUGCCUCCAUCUCUGCUGGCAAUGAUGAGGUUAUUGGGACCAUGAUUGCUGAUGCCAUUGAUAAGGUUGGCUCUGAUGGGGUUUUGUCUAUUGAGUCUUCAUCAUCUUUUGAGACAACUGUUGAUGUAGAAGAAGGAAUGGAGAUUGAUCGUGGUUAUAUAUCCCCACAAUUUGUAACUAACCCAGAGAAAAUGAUAGCUGAAUUUGAGAACGCCAGGAUUUUGGUGACAGAUCAGAAAAUUUCAGCGAUAAAGGACAUAAUCCCUCUGUUAGAGAAGACCACACAACUGAGAUCACCUUUACUUAUUAUUGCCGAAGAUGUCACUGGGGAGGCUUUGGCCACUCUAGUUGUGAACAAGUUACGUGGUAUUCUCAAUGUUGCUGCCGUCAAGGCACCUAGCUUUGGUGAGAGGCGAAAGGCUUUGCUUCAAGACAUUGCAAUUUUGACAGGGGCUGAGUUUCAAGCUAGUGAUCUGGGGUUGUUGAUAGAGAGCACCUCAGUUGAGCAACUUGGUAUAGCAAGAAAGGUGACCAUUACCAAGGAAUCCACCACAAUUAUUGCUGAUGCUGCAACAAAGGAUGAGAUUCAAGCUAGAAUUGCCCAGAUAAAAAGGGAGUUGUCAGAAACAGAUUCUGUCUAUGACUCUGAGAAGCUGGCUGAGAGAAUUGCCAAGCUCUCGGGUGGAGUUGCUGUUAUAAAGGUGGGAGCUGCAACAGAAACUGAGCUUGAGGAUCGUAAGCUUCGAAUUGAGGAUGCUAAGAAUGCAACUUUUGCUGCCAUUGAAGAAGGAAUUGUACCUGGUGGUGGGACAGCUCUGGUUCACCUUGCCUCGUAUGUCCCAGCAAUUAAGGACAAGCUUGAAGAUGCGGAUGAAAGACUUGGUGCUGACAUUGUGCAGAAGGCCUUAGUAGCACCAGCAGCCUUGAUUGCGCAGAAUGCAGGUGCGGAAGGUGAGGUAGUUGUAGAGAAGAUCAAGGCAAGUGAGUGGGAAGUAGGAUACAAUGCCAUGACAGACGAGUUCCAGAACUUGAUUGAAGCUGGGGUGAUUGACCCAGCGAAGGUGACAAGGUGUGCGUUGCAGAAUGCAGCGUCUGUAGCAGGAAUGGUCCUAACUACUCAGGCAAUUGUCGUGGAGAAGCCUAAGCCGAAGACACCUGUGCCUGCAACUCCUCAAGGCCUAGUCAUGUAAUCCGUAUGGUGAAAUUUUGCUGUGGAACUUCUGUAGCUGAGGCUGGUAACUGGUUUUGUGAUCUUUACGGAUAGAAAUGAGGGUAUUCAAAUUAAAGUUAAUGUUGGUAGAAA